AUGAAGUAUUCAAGUUUUUCACCCAUCAUGCUCAUUCACUUGGCCACUUUAUCCAUCUUCUUCAUCCCACAAAUCCAAUGUACUAUACCAAAAACAAGGUUAGUGGAUCAAAUAUGUCGUAAAACACCUCAUUACCACCUUUGCGUUUUGACGUUAAAUUCACAUUUACAAUAUUCACAACAUCGAAGAUCAAGUGUUGACAUUGCUAGUUGUGCUCGAACAACCAUUGAGAUUGUCGCUGCCAAUGCCUCAGCCACGCUACAGCACGUUCACAAGGUUUACAUGCAAACCAAUGACCCACAAGAGAAAAAUGCUUUGGCUAGUUGCACUGCUUCUUACACCAAGAUAGUGAAGGUGCUUUUGCCAGAGGCUAUAACUUGUAUGGACAAAGGUGACUAUAAGGGUGUAAAACAAGGUGUAUUUAUUGCUGGAAACCUGGCUCUUUCAUGUGAGAAGAAAUGCAAGGACACGAAUACUUCGUCUCUCAAGGAUAGUAAUCGAUAUGUGGAGAAUCUUUGUGCUGUUGCUGUGUCCAUCGUUACCAAAUUGGCUCAAACAAAGCCACAAACUUUGGCAUAG